AUGAAGGCGAGCAACCUGAGGAACAUUCUCAACCCGCUCGAUCAGCAGCAUCUCAAUGCGGAAUAUACCACGGUGCCAGCGCGAACAACGACUUUUGGAGCAGCAACUACGACGACAACACCGGCGGCGGCGGCGGCGGCGGCGGCAGCAGCGGCAGUGGCAGCGGCAGUAGCGAGCAGGAAUACGCUGUCUACCGCGGCCCCGAGGACUCUGGUCGGUCUCAACGACGGCCGGCCAUCGACAGCAGCAUCUGCAGCAACAGCAAUAACACCAUCGUCAUCUGGUUCGGCAUUUGCCGCACCGCCGCACCGCUUCCCGUCACGAGAGGACAGAUCCAUAUCUCCACGCAUACUCCCCCAGGGCACGCAGGAAUGGGAACGGCAGAGGCUUCUUCCCGCCAUCAAUGGGCUAAGCACGCCACACGCAAGCCCCCGAGUCCUGCCGCUUCCCAGGGACAUUGCGGUACAGCAGCAGCAGCAGCAGCAGCAACAACAACAAUCUCCCGCCAGCAGCCGAAGCCUCUCCGUCACAACUCCACAGGCUCGCCUCCCGAAGCAGGAAUUCUCCCAGCAGCAACAGCAGCAGCAGCAGCUGGCCCUGCCAGCCGGCUCAUCUCCAUGGAGCAGCACAGGGCACGGGGCCACUCCACGCCGUCUUCUGUCCCCCUUUGGUGGCGAUCUCACGGCACAGGGUACCCCCUCGCCCUUUUCCAGCCGCGCCAUGUCGCAGCCCCUCGACCGGCAGCAGCCGCUAGCUCUAGCCGCCACAUCGACCAACGCCAGCAGCACCAGCAGCAUCGGGAGCAGCGACAGCAGCAACGGCACCAGCAACAACGCCGCAGCCGCAGCCGUAGUUUCCGCAUUCCCCAGCACCACCACCACCACCACCCGAGGCCGUCCACCGCUGUACAGCCGCGGGUUCUGGAUACGGGACCAAGACGGACGGGAGCCUGUCAUCUCCAUACCGCUGGGCGGAGGCGGCGGGGUGGUGGGCAGCAGCAGCGGCGGCGGUGGCGGAGGAGGAGGAGGAGGAGUGGUGGGCGCCAUCGAGUGCACGGUGGACCUGAAGCAGGGCUCGGCGGCGGCGGACGCCAAGCGCAGGCGGGACGCGCGGGCGGCGCAGCGCUGCCGCGACCGCAAGCGCAUGCACAACCUCAAGACGGAGCAGGAGCUGGCCCGGUGCCAGCGCCGCGUCGCCCAGCUGUCGCACGAGCUCGACCAGCUGCGCAGGCGCAACAAGCUCCUGCUGGAUAUGAUGCCGCCAGGGAUGCGGGAGGACGCCGAGCGGGCCGCCUCGCCCGUGACUACGCUUUUUCCGGAUGAUUAA